AUGUUAAAAAUUUGUUUACAGGCGCGAGACCUGGCAAUGCUGUCAACACCACCUUAUGGAUGGAUAUUUUAUGACCCCGUAAGUAAAAAGCAAAACAAUAUAAUAAGAUCUUUCAAUAUUUGAAUUAGGCACACCUAUAAGCCUAUAAGAGUGGUCCCGAUUUUAAAAAUGGUAGCAACAACCACCUUCUUGACAGGAAGUUAAUGGUACAACUUACACUGGCUGCAACUACAACAUAAUGUAUGUAAUUUAUUGUAAUACGAGCAAGUUAUGUCACUUGAGGCUUUAUAAUUUAUAGAGUAGAGUCUUUUUUUAAAAAUUACAUUGUUUGCCAGGAGAAACAAAAAUAAUUUUAAUUACUGAUUAUGAGCAUGGAUAUUUAAUUGUCCAACAUUUGGGGGGGGGGGGCAUCCAUUAACUCUGGGAAAAUAGGAUAGGCUUACCUCAUAACGCGAUUUUUGUUUGAACAUACAAGACCGACUGGCGACUUUGAACAUGAGACUGGUUUAGACAGACCCUAUUUUGAAUAUGUCACAAAUGAUUCUAUUAUUUCACCAAUUACAAAUUUGCAAUGAUGGCAAAACUUAACAAAAGAAUUCGAUAAAGUUUACUUUAUAGUUGUAUUUUUAUUUUUUACUCUAUUCAGCAAAUAAUUGAAUUACUAUAUUAUGAACUUUUCAAACAGAAAUUUCAAAAAUCUUCCAAUACGUUAACCUCCUUCUACUAAACGACCAGUCCCAGACUACUAGUGGCUAGUUGUCAUGAGGCAGUAAGCUGAGAACCUUUAUCAGGAGUGCAUGAGUAAUUUAUAAGUAGUAUAACUAAAAGAUUUAUUUUGAUUCAGCUAACAUCAAAUCUCUUCUUUGUCCUAGGGAGAUGAAAUAAAAUAUGUCUUCAGGCUGUAUGAUGAUAUAUUUUGCAACUUCACUGUUCUAACCCUGCUGCCCUACAACUUCACACUGGAAAGCUAUGGCUAUUCGAGGCUAGAAUUUGCACUGUCCAGCGAUGCCUUGAGGCUGGUGACUACGGCUUACAAGGUCAUAGGAGAGAGUGUUCCAGGCGAACGACACACAUCAUUGAAAAAUGACACCAUGAGUAUGAGAGAUUUACUGAACAGGGCCAUAAAAAACGUAAGUAACAUGUAUGAAUGGAGAUUCAUGGGUGGGUUUAAAAUUUUAUUUUAAUGAGGUUAGUAGUUAUUUUUUUUAUUUUUUGUUUACCCAAGAGAUUUUGAUAUUAAAAAAAAAACAUGUUUUGAAAUACACAUAUAUUUUAAUUUAAUGGUCUUGCUUUUUAAUUUUAAACCUAAAUAUAUCUUUUAUGCUACAUUUAUUUAUAUUGAUUUAUCCAAUAAAGUUUUUUUUAAUUUUUUUUUAUUACUUUAGAAAUGUUAUUUUCCUCUUAUACUUCUUAAAAUGUUUGUGAAAAUAAUUAACUAUCUUGCAGAAAUGUAACAAAUACCUCAUAUUAUAAAAUAUAUUCAUAAAAAAUAUUGUUUAAAUUUUUUUUAAAAAUCAUAGCUCAAAAUGGCGCUAAAAAUAUAUUUAAUUAACAAUUUUAAAACAGAAAAAAUUGACAUUGCUAAGGUAUCUGUUGAAAAAGGUCUAAUUAACAUUUUUAAAAUGACAGAACAAUGGAUCAGGCCUGACAGGGAUUACAGAGUUUAAUGAAAAUGGACGAAGGAACAACUUUUCUCUGAUGUUAACUUCUGUCACAGGAACUGACAGUUACUUGGUAAACCUUUUUUUUUUUUCUUUUCUCGAAAAAAUUAUUUUAUUGCCUAUAUUUCAUAUUAAUCAUUACAAUUAUGUUAUAAUUACAACAUUAUGUACAAUUCUGAAACAUCAUGGGUUCAGCGAGCAGAAAUAUGAACCACUUUUAGACACUGAUAGAAAAAAAUGACGGAUCUGUUUUAAAACUUGACAUCACUGAUAGAUACUGAUACUAAAAAUUGCAGCUAGACAUAUGUAGUAAAAAUGAAGCAGUUUAAAUAAUUACUUAAAAUUGAUUACAUUUGUUGCAGCUGUUCGUGGCACUAUUAUAUAAAUAUUUUAAUCAUAACACAUUUUACAUUUUAUUUUAUUUUUUUAAACUUAAUUUUUUUUAAAAAAAACAACUUGAAUAAGCAUGUGAAAUUUAAAUGUCUCAUAAAAAAAGCUUAAAGUUGCAUGCUCUAAAAAAUAUCUAGGUUGUUUUGUUUUAAAGUUGAAAAUAGUGUUGCACUAACAUUUUCAUGUUUUCUUAUGCAGAGAGGACACUGGUAUCAUGACUAUGAGCCAUAUGUCCUAAAGAAGCAGCUACAAUUUUAUGAUGAGAGCCACCAUUUAAAUGGGACCAGCACACCUUUCCCGCUCAAGGGGAGAACAGCCCAAGUUGUCAUGAUAGAGGUACUCUCUUGGCUUUUAGAGUUGUCAUAAUAGAGGUACUGCCUUGGCUUUUAGAGUUGUCAUGAUAGAGGUACUGUCUUGGCUUUUAGAGUUGUCUUGAUAGAGGUACUGUCUGGCUUUUAGAGUUGUCAUGAUAGAGGUACUGUCUUGGCUUUUAGAGUUUUCAUGAUAGAGGUACUGCCUUGGUUUUUAGAGUUUUGAUAAUAGAGGUACUUUCUUGGCUUUUUGAGUUUUGAUGAUAGAGGUUCUGUCUUGGCUUUUAGAGUUUGUUGUUCAGCAUUUGGUUUUGUGAUUGAAUCAAGGUUUUGUAUUCAAAUGAUUGUCAUAUAUUUGAUACAACAUUUUGAUAAUCUGGAUCAAAUUUGUUGAUGCAGUUGAUAGAUUUGAUAAAACUUGGUGAUACAAUUGAAAAAAUUGAUAAAACUUGUUGAUACAGUUGAUAGAUUUUUAUAAAACUUGUUGAUGCAGUUGAUAGGUUUGAUAACUUGUUGAUACAGUUAAUAAAACUCAUUUAUACAUUGAUGAAGUUGAUAAAAUUUGUUGAAAUGAAUCAUUCUACCUAAUUUAUCAAUCUUAAUCCAACAUAACAAGAGCAGACAAUUCUUAGCAUAAUUUUAAAACAUGUUUAUUAUUAUUACGCAGGAGAAACCAUUUACAAUGCUAAAGCGGGACCACAUGUUGCUGAGAGGCAAUAACAGAUUUGAAGGUUUUGCUGUGGAGCUAAUCAAAGAUAUUUCUAAGAUGCUGGAGUUUGACUAUGAGAUCUAUCUGGUCAAUGAUGGGAAGUUUGGCAAUAAAAUGGCCAACGGAGAGUGGAAUGGAAUGAUUGGAGAGCUCCUGGCAGGGGUGAGUAAUUUGAUCUGCCAUUAUGCUGAGUGUUGUCUUCUCAACUUGAAAAGAAGUUUUGACAUAUCAACUAUUUUUUUUUGUUCAAAACUGGAAAGAAAUAUUAUUUCACUUCAUGAAAUUGAAAAUGUAGCCUCUCUUUCCCCCUCUCCCCCAAAUCGAAUGAUGAAAAGCUUUGAGUAAGGAAAGCUAAGAAAAAGCAUAAAGACCAAUUAAUGUAUUGUGAGAACCUUUCCAGAAAUUGGCUGAGCUUUUUGAAAUGUGUUAUUAUAAAAACUAAUGUUACACAUCGCAUGCAAACUUUCUUUCAGCAAUAAUUUCAAAGUUACAGUAGAUUGGGGGCCACUGCAGCUACAUUCUGGCCUAUUGGGGGCAAUGCAUCUACAGUCUACGAGGGGGGGAGGGGGGGGCAGUAAAUUAAAAUUGCCUUUCUAUAAUGAGGGGAAUUGUGGCCUUGCAAAGCUUGAGAUGAUCAAUUGUUGACUAUCUCUUUGCUCUGUACAAAUAUCUUUUGUUGUUUACUUCAAACCUUCAUUUGAUGUCUAUUUCCAGAAUGCCACCAUGUCUGUGGCACCCCUGUCCAUAAACGCCGAGAGGGAGGAAGCCAUCGAUUUCACCAAGCCUUUCAAAACGCGCUACAUCUCUGUGCUGAUGAAGAUCCCGACGAGGGAGACGUCCUACUUUGAGUUUCUCAACCCCCUGUCCCCCAUCGUGUGGAUCUGCACCCUCUGUGCCUUCGUUAUCGUCAGCAUCAUCCUGUACGCCUUGGAGCGGGUGGGGAGGAGCAAGACGGAGGGCGCCGACAGCCUUGGGAUAACAGUGCGCGAGUCCUUCUGGUUCAUCUUCGGCUCCUUGUUGCAAGGUGUGUCCUUUGGUUUAGAAAUAUCCCAAAUUGAUGUAAAACAGACUUUGCACGUGUUUGAUUUCAAACUUGUGCUUUCCAAUAUUAUUUUUCUUUUAACCAUGCACCAAGUAUGAUAGAAGCAGAAAAUAACUUAUGUGAGGGAACAACCUUUAUUAUUAUAAGAGAUAAGAUAAGAUUCUUUAUUAAUCCAAGUAAGUUGAAAUGUUUUUUUGAUUACUUUGUACAUCUUCAUUUUCAACACAAAAAAUAAAAAAAUAUAUUUCAACCAAGACAAAAUUUUACAAGUACAAUAAUUUCAACACAAGACAUCUAAAGUAUUCUCUAGCACAGAAAUCAGCCAUCAAUGAACUCCUUUAGUUAUAAUAAUGCCUUAAUUAGUGAUCAUUAGUAAUUGCUGGGAGAGCACGCUGGUAAAGUCUUACAGACUAGGGAAUUAAAGAAUUUGUACAUCUUUGGGUCCUAGCUUUAAGAGAAAGAAUUCGCCCUGAUUGAGUUUAUCUUAGGUAUCUGUGAUGAAGUGGUUGGAAUGUAUAGUCAAAAUUUGUUUAGUUUUACAACAGCAUUUUUCUUCAAAUAGUUGUUCCAGUGAAGAAUGUUUAGUUGUGUGAUAUUACUAGCUUUCUUGAUUAGUCUACUUAAUUGGUUUUAUAAUGUCUACUUAAUUGGUUUUUUAAUGUCUACUUAAUUGGUUUUUUAAUGUCUACUUAAUUGGUUUUUUAAUAUCUACUUAAUUGGUUUUUUAAUGUCUACUUAAUUGGUUUUUUAAUGUCUACUUAAUUGGUUUUUUAAUAUCUACUUAAUUGGUUUUUGAUGUCUACUUAAUUGGUUUUUUAAUGUCUACUUAAUUGGUUUUUGAUGUCUACUUAAUUGGUUUUUGAUGUCAGACUAUGAAUUUUCUAGCUAUUCAAAGUCAUACAGUGAAUGAUAUAUUUGCAGAUUUUUUACAGUGUAAUAAAGAUCUAUAGAAAAAAUAUUAAUAUUAAAUGAUCAAUUUCACUUGGAAUUACAUGCAUAAUGAAUAUAUACAAAUAUAAUAUGUAUAUAUAUAUUUUAUUAUUACCUAUAGUAUACUUGUUUGUAUGGCAGGAAAUACUGACUCAACUCCAUCAACCAUUCCUGGUAGAAUACUUACAAGCGCUUGGUGGUUCUUUGCCCUCAUUCUAAUCUCUUCCUACACUGCCAACCUUGCUGCAUUCCUAACAGUGAAGAAAAUUAAUACACCAAUCAAGGUAUAAUGGAUAUUCCCCUUGACAUUUGUUCUCAUUGUUAAAUUUAUGUUUUUAAGGGAUUAAAGAAUGAUUUGCUAAAAGCUGUGCAAGUCAGUGGUUCUAAAACUAAUUUUGAUCAAUGUUAGGCUUGGCCUAAAUGUAAAGCAUCACACCUUAUCAAUUCUUAAUGUGUCAUUUUUAAUAAAUUUACGGAGCCACUGCAGGAGCAUUAUCUACCCUUGGAUCCCUGGUUAAGAACCGGUGGUCUAAAGUAAAUUUUUGUACAUGCCUACAUCAUUUCAAGUCAGUGACUGUCCUAAUUUUUGUACAUGCCUACCUCAUUUCAAGUCAGUGACUGUCCUAAUUUUUGUACAUGCCUACAUCAUGUCCAGUCAGUGACUGUCCUAAUUUUUAUACACUCCUACGUCAUUUCAAGUCAGUGACAGACCUGGCUCAACAAACCAAGAUCAAGUAUGGGACAGUCAAGGACAGUGGAAUCAUGUCAUUCUUCAAGAAUACCAACAUCGAACAUUUCUCCAAAAUGUGGGCACAGAUGUCUGAGAUUGACCCAGACUCUAUGGUGCACAACACAACGGAAGGUUUCAAAAAGGUCAACUUUGUGAAUUAUGUUUCAAUAUUAUUUCAUUUAAGAUAGUUCAAUAGUACUUUAUCUAAAAUCAUGUGCAAUAAAUUUGAAUAAUGACAUUUUCAAAUUAAUAUACCAUAAUUAUUUUGCAUGUGGAUCUUAAUUUUUAAGUUAAAACUGUGUAUUAUAUUUUUAAAGAUAACGUUUUAAGUUUAAAAAUCAUUCUCAAUGUAAAAAUCUAAUCACCUUAUGCUGGUUAGUAAGUCCUUAAAUUGAAAGUUUAUUGAUUCAGCAAUUUACUGAAUUUUAUGUCUACUCAUAUCGGCUAACAUAACAGUUUAUAAAAUUUAUCAUAUCCAAUGUCAAUGGUUUUUUUUUCUUUUCUUAUUCUCAUAUAAAGAUUACUUCAGAUGAACUUUAACCUAAGCACAUGACAUAAGUUAUUAAGUUUGCUGAAACAGUCUUUCUCCUUCAUUUCACCCUUAAAAUGCACACUUGCAGGUCAAAGAUGGCAACUAUGCAUUUUUCUGGGACACAACAGUCAACAAGUACCAGACAAUUAUAGACUGUGAGGUCAUGGAGAUUGGACCCCCCUUUGACCCCAAGGGCUUCGGCAUUGGAGUUCCUCCGGGGGCCACUUAUAAAGAGGAGCUCUCCAUGGCCAUACUGAGGCUCAGUGACAGAGGACGUCUACAUGAAUUAGAAACAGAGUAAAUAUAUUCAUUUUUCUGUGUAUUUCUGGUAUAGUUUUUUUUUAAUUACUUUGAUUACAUUUGUUACUGACAGGUAAAGUGAGAUUUUGUUACUGACAGGUAAAGUGAGAUUUUGUUACUGACAGAUUUUUCUCCUGUAGGCAUACAAGAAAUGAAGUAGAGCAUGAGAAGAUCCUCAAUAAUAAUACAUAUUUAAGCUCAGGGGUUCCUUGUUUUUCUUUUAUAUUAGGGAUUGUUUACCAUUGCCUUUGUACUUUUGAAUAUUAAAUGUUACCUUUAGUUGUACUGUAAAAAAUGUUCAUAUUUACUGAACUUAGCCACCAUAUUAUCAAUCAAAUGUACAAGGAUUCAUUGUUACCUUUAGUUGUACUGUAAAAAAUGUUCAUAUUUACUGAACUUAGCCACCAUAUUAUCAAUCAAAUGUACAAGGAUUCAUUUGGUCCCAAAAUAAUUUACAUUUUUUUUGUUGAAAUUUUGGGACUCAUUGGUAAUAGAAGUUUUAUUUUAAGCCAAUGUAACAUUACUGUAUUGUAACACUUUAAAAUAUGUGUAUAUGUUAUGUGUAAUGUCUUCAAACUAUGGUUAAAGGUUACCAGUAUGCCAAACAUUAAAAAAAAUUGUUUAUCUUUUGAAUUAGCUUUCUGCUUCAUUUGACAUCAAAAACAAAGCUAUCAAAUUUUGUUAAUGUCUCCAUUAGAAUGCUGUGAAUUUGCCAUGCUCAGGAAUUCAGAUAAACUAUCACUUCCGUUUUUCUGAUUAAUAUUUAUAGGAUUUACAAUACUUCCAAUUGUGUGCUACCUGUUUCAGGUGGUGGGACAGAGGGACGUGCCCUGACCUCAGCAAAACUUCCACAGACGAGACAGCCUCUCUUCAGAUAGAAAAUGUCGCAGGGGUCUUCUUCAUCCUCGUGGGUGGCAUAAUCAUCGCAGCCAUUGUUUGCUUGGGUGAAUAUUUUGCGAACGCCAUGAUCAAAGCGUCGAAGCUGGUGAGUACACUUGAAUGCAAAUGUUCUCUGGUGGGAGUGGUAUUUUAUUUUUAGCAUGCCUCUUGCACCUAUAAUGACACAUUAUUUUGUCAUGUAAUGAGAUCAUUAAGGCUAUCUGUUAAAUUAUUAUAAAAUAAAUAGAAGCAUGCCAACUGUAAUCGGGGGGGUGUGUGCUUGUCGUUAAGUCAGUUUUGUAAACUUCUGGAAUGAAAAAUACGUACUGAGAAGAAGUUAAAACAAGUGUGAAUAUUUCAUCUUUGUCAUUGUCAGGUCAAGAGCAUGUCCUUUUUGCAUUUUUUGGUCUCACAGAGCAACUUAUCUUAAUAGACACACAAAAGGGGGGGGGGGAUAUUUUAGAAAAUUGGAUCUACAUCACCACUGGUGUUUAUGUAUUGAUAAAUAAUUAGGAAGAUAUAGAUAUGAUAUCGUCAGUCCAGUUUAGGUAAACAAAAAUUUGGGAAGGAUACAAUUCCAAAGCAAUAAGGAAAAUUCUGAUCAAAUUGAAUCUAAUCACAGCACACACAAGUAUCUGGGCUUAGUCACUUUUUUUAGAGGUGUCGCUGGAGUAGUCUCUGGUCUCAUUCAUUCCACAGCCACCUGUGUGAAAAACAUACGGUACUUGAAAAGAAAAUAUCCUUUUUAUUAAAGAAGCAAAAUCUUCUGUAACUUUCAAGAUAGUUUAAUGGAAUGGAUUCCAUUCUCUUUAUUACAUUUGGUAAAUUUUAUGUUUCUAUAUCAAAUACAGGCUACAAUGUCUUAAAUUAUUUUAUUUUAAAUGGUAUAGAGUAAAUUUUAUUUUCCCAAUUAAUUUCAAAAAGUAAAUAAAUAGUGAAUCAAGAUAUUUUUGGGCUUCAAAAAAAAACAAUAAUAAUUUAAUAGACAGUUGGCAAGACGCCUUCCUCAGCAGACAAUACAAUAAUAAAAAACAGAUAGAUUUUAAUAAAACUUAUGUUAUUGAAGAUCUCAAUAAAGCCAGUUUAGGUCAAAGUUCACAACAGAAAGCACUCUAUGAACUCUACAUUAUUGAUGUAUAUAUUUAUAAUCUCAAGAAACAUCUCCUUUUAUACUUUUUAUUUCCCUCUGGCAUUCAUUAUGCCGUAGCUUUGUUUUUUCUAUUUUUAUGGCAAUUUUAUAUUUCAAAAUAAUUAAAUAAGUAAAGACUUAUUGAAAGUCAGGCUGGCCGCCGAUGAAAGUGCCGGACUCUGCCAAAGAGAGCAAAACUUUACAUGACACAACUUUGUACUUUCACCAGGCAAAGGGUAAAAAAGUCAACGAUAAAACCAAGGAUAAGUACUCUGUUGCCGUUCAGGAUCCAGGAGAAAAAGACAGCUUUAUUUGA